AUGGAAUCUUCCAACAUAGAGGAAGAACUUCAGAGAAACGGGACCCAGACCAUCAAACGAGAAUUCCCUGAUGGCAAUGACGAGCAGGUCCCAACCUGGGAGUGGCCUCGUCUCAUAACUACCAAGCAGGAACCUGGCCUCGAGCGUGAGAUCAAAAUUGAGAAGGAACCAGUCACGAUCGACCUGACAGGAGACGAGAUUCCAGCAUCCCCGAAACGACCAAGGCUUCGUGGGCAACUUCUUCAUGCGAUAUACCAGCAUCAAAAAGAUGUUAAAAUGCGAGGCAGAGGAGUCCAAAAAGCAACCGAAAGUCUGUUUGUGCAGAACGACGAUCCUUCAGGUCCUAAUUCUCCGAACUCCGGCGGGUUGGCCUUUGAGCCAGGCGAAGGAGAUGAUUCGGGAUGGAUGGAAUUCGAGAGCGACUUCAAAAGCCUGGCACACCCUUCCGCCAAAGACCGGAUCGAAUUCCAAAAGCGAAAACAGGCAGAACUUGACCGGAGAAGGAAGGCCAAAGUUGACAAACUUUUCGAAUAUCAUGCUCAAACGAAACCCGCGGAGGACCUUUUCCACGAGGAUAUUGCCCCUAAUGAAGAAUCAGCCUCGGGGGUAUCUGAAUCGGAACAACCGCACCCUACAGCCGGACCGAGGAAAGCGUUGAACAAUAUCGCCCCGGGAAAUCUGAAAGUCACACGAUUGACAAAAGGACGAGUCCGAGCGGCAAGAAACAUUGCUUUAAAUGUGUUCUUCAAUGAAGCGAUUCCAGAAUCCAGCCAAAACCACGAAGAAAUGGAGGUAGACAACAAGGACUCCUCUAGCAAAAAGACAAAGAAAAGGGGCCAAAAUCGACGCCAACUCACGACGUUGUCAAAUCAGGAAAUCCGGAGCAUCUUUGAGAACGAAAGUGGAUACAAAAAUAGAGAAGAACCCUUGCUACCUGCUUUAGUUUCAACAGAAAGGAACAAGAGCAAAGCGUUUGCCGAGAUGAUUGCGAGUAUCCCGACAGAGGAAAGAGGGCAAGCACGCACAGAUAUAGCAAUCUUGGAUGAAGCGACAAAGACAUUCAAUCCAUCAGCAAGGUCAGACGGAGAAGGGAAAUGGAAAAUCCGAGGCUUGAAAACACCCCUCAUGGUGAACCAAAUCUUGGCUGCUGCUUGGAUGUGCAAACGCGAAACCUGCGAAAGUAAGCCGGAUGGUGGGUUACUCUGUGAUGUGAUGGGCUUCGGCAAGACAUUAUCAGCGCUGGCAUGUAUUGUGAACCGGAAACUGCCAUCUGAGAAAGAAGGCCCGACUUUAAUUGUGGCUCCGAGGAAUCUGAUGCUUACCUGGUACCAGGCCUUUUUCAAGACCCGUUUCCAAAACUACUCUCCAAGCAUUCCCAGAACUCUUAUUGACGUUGAUGACAGGAUAUCACAGAUUCGACAACACUGUGUGCACGGUGCAGCCGGGUCCAUUGUCGGGUAUUACUCUGGUGCACAUCUGGAAACCGAUGACCUCAGCAGCUUCUUUAGGGAGCAAGGCAUUGUCGUCACAACUUACCAGGAAAUCUGUGCAUCCUAUCCCGUUCUCAAGCCUCCUCCUGAGAUCAAGGAUACCGCGGUCGAAGGAUGGUGGGAAAGCGAAUAUGACCUAAAGGCAGGUCCCUUCCAUAAAAUUCUUUGGCACCGAAUCAUCCUUGAUGAAGCCCAUAUCAUCAGGAACAGAGACACAAAAACGUCCAUCGCGGUUCGCGCUUUGAGUGCUAAGUUCAAAUGGGCGUUGACUGGUACACCUCUACAUAACUGUGUCGAGGAAUUUUAUUCCUUGUUUUCAUUCAUCGGGGUACCAAAGAGCCUUCUAUACCAUGAGUUUACACAAAACUAUUGCGAUGGGACCGAAGAGACUAAACAACGUUUGAUCAAUGUGCUUCGCGCAAUAAUCCAUCGCAAGACUCACGAAAGCCUUCAUCUGGGAAGACCUCUUAUCACACUCCCAAAAUCCACGAUGAGAGAGGUCUUCGUUGAGUUCCAUCCACCUGAAAAGCUGAUAUACCAUGCAAUUGCGGCCCGAUUCCUCGAACAGAUGAAUGAAACCGAGAUUGAGAGGCAGACCAAGUGUAUCCUAACGAUGAUUCUGAAGCUGCAGAUGUUUGCCAGUCAUCCACUUACGGCACAGGAUUACCUUCAGAAGGUGUGCAAGCUGAGCAGCCCGUUGGUUAAACAGCUGAAGACCUGGGUGAAAGACGAAGAGAGCCCGAGAAACCCAUCCCGUUCAAGCAAAAUCGUGAAAUGUUGUUUGAACGGCAAAUACCAGAUAAAAAUGCCUAUGGUUCCUUUGACUGCCCCAAAAGCAAGUGGAAUCCCUCGGCCACGACCACCCGGACAAUGCGAACAGCUCGCUCAAGCAUUCCAAAAGAAGACGAAGGAACUGAUGAGCGAAGGCCAAUUUUAUGAGAGUGAUAAUCGCACUUGGUUUUGUCCUAGUUGCAGUGGACUCCCAACGAGGGCUAUAAUCACUUCCUGUUAUCAUCUUUAUUGCGAAGAGUGCUUCGAUGCACUCGAUGACGGGAAAGGGGAUACCGACGGUGUCCACCGAGAGUGCCGGAUUUGCAAAAUCAGGAUUGUCAAUGCCGCUUUCUACGGGCUCUAUGACGACAUAGAUACACCUACACAGGAGGGUUCUGAGCCUACUUCUAUUGCAUCAACGGGCCAGGAAAAGCGAAAGGCUCCACAAGGAGGAGUUAAGGCUCAUAAACGACGGAAAAGGGGGAAAUCGGGUGGGAACUUUUCGGCGUGGAUGGCCAAGCAAAGCGGGAUCUCAAUAGCCAAAGAAGGGGAAGAUGACAACCUAAAUGAACACAACAUCCAGACAAAAAGCGCAGGCGGGGACGAAUGUCGCAGCGAGGGCGGAGAUUCCCAUCAGAGCGAAGAUGACCCCGAAGAGGAUUGGAUCGACCGAUUUGGGGAUUACAUGCCAGGCGCCAAAUUCAACAAGCUCACCGACCAAAUCAAACAAUGGUUUGCCGAAGACGAAACUGCCAAAAUUGUCAUCUUCACGCAGUACUUGAACACUACCACGCUUCUGGUCAAACUAUGUCAAACAAACAAAUGGGAAUACGCCCAGAUUACGGGUCGAAUGGGCAACAAAUACCGAGAAACACAACUAGAGAGAUUCCGAGAAAAUGAUGAGACCAGAAUCAUGAUCGCUUCACUGAAAACAGGUGGGUUAGGUCUCGACUUUUCCGUCGCCAACAAGUGCAUAUUGAUCGACCUCUGGUGGAACGAAGCGGUCCAAGACCAGGCAUUCUUCCGACUUUGGCGUAUUGGCCAAAAGCGAGAAGUUGAGUGCAUUAUGAUCCUGAUCAAGGAAUCCAUUGACGAAUGGAUGUUCGCCAAGCAAAAGAAAAAAGCGGUAGAGAUCAGCCAGGUAAUGAGUCUCAAGGUGCUCACGGACCGAAGCACCAUUCAAGAACUGCUUGAGAUGUUUGGCGAAGUUACCUAUGACCCGAAAAAUGGAUUCCAUGUCGAUGUGGUGCAAAAGGCUGUACCCAAGGACAAGUCCAAAGGCAAGGGCAAUCAAGCUGGACCCCAGAAACAGACCUAG